UUCUUUCUUCCCGUUCCCAAUCAAAAGUAUCAACAAUGUCCAACAGUCGCGAAGCUGAAAAGAAGAUUAAUGAAAAUAUCGACAAGGCCUCCAACAGCGCACAAGAAGAAGUUACGCGUUUGAGAGCUGAAUUGGAUGACUUGCGCCGCAGAGCCGGCCCCAAGGUCAAGGAAGCUGAGAGCUUCCUUUGCUCUCCUGCCGCCAUCGGCUUCUACCAAGGUUUCGUUGUUGGUAUCGCGGUGGUUUUGGGUUAUGCAAAGGUGAAUGGUGGUCUCCGUCUCUAAUGUAUCAUCUAUCUUUUACGAUCCCGGGCGCCCGAGUCAAACUGUACAUGUCUUAUUAUUCCGUAUUUUUCUUACUGUAAAUGGUCUAUUUGAAAUCUCGAAGAUGUGAUUUUGUAAAGUGCAUAGCGUUAGAUUUCGUUGAAUACAGUAAUGGUUUUAUUGUGGUCAACUUUUAUUAGUCUGCGGUCUGGAUAUCAGUUGCAAGAAUCAGAGGGAAAGAAACGUGAAUAAGGGAUGACUGCUGUUAGUGGUGGUGCCAGUGAUCUUCCAUGGCACGAAACGUUUCAUGAUGCGAUUCUUUACAUCUUUGUAAAACAUGCCGUAAAUGAUUGAUUAGGGCCAAACGUUACUUUAAUGGGCUGAUAUGAAAUACUUAUACCAUGAUUUACCAAUAUGAAAGUAUAAGAAGGGAC